AAAGCGUUAGUAGAGUGUUGGCAUUGGUAACGAGAGCGAAUAACCCGUGGAAAAGAGGGGAUCAUAAAAUAAGUGAAUAAUACCGAGUGUCAAAGAGAGAAGUUUAACGAAUUGCUAUCGCUGGUUGAAACUGGACAGACACGCGUGUCGAAAACAUUCGUAAAGGGGACAUUAGUCACGAGUGAUCUAAAUCAUUUAGUUUUUUUUUUGUGGAUCUAUUUAUUUUUUUAUGUGCUGGGGAGAGACUGCUGGUCGUCUUGGACACUCAGCCUCUAGAUGACGAGGUACAAGCAGGCGGAAUUCGAAGAUGAGGAUAGCAGUAGUAUUGGAUCGGUGGUACUCAACAGCGAGGGAAUCAGUACAUCCGCAACCCACAUAAGAUAUCACUCGGGGACAACCCUGUGGAGAGCGAGAACAACAUUGGAGAAGUACUUGGAGGUAAUCUGCGGUGGUCUUCUCCUGACAGUAAUAGCUCUGAUAGUGGCGCUAGGAAGAAAGCACGACUGGCGAUCAAAUGACGCCCAAAUUCUCCACGUUACAUCAAACACCGAUGGUCUUCAUUGCUUGACCGAGCGUUGCGUCACAGUCGCCGCAUCAAUCAUCAACAGCAUCAACCCCAGGGUCAAUCCAUGCGAUGAUUUUUACGAGUAUGCAUGCGGUGGUUGGAUCAAGAAGAAUCCCAUCCCCGAUGGCAAGAGUAUGUGGGGAACAUUUGGAAAAUUGGAGCAAGAGAAUCAGCUAGUUGUGAAAAAUGUCCUGGAGAAACCACUCACUGAGAUGAAAUCAAAAGCCGAGCAGAAGGCAAAAUUGUAUUACUUGUCAUGCAUGGAUGCUAAUGAGACAAUCGAGACCCUUGGGGGACAGCCAAUGCUGACGUUAUUGAGGAACGUCGGGGGAUGGAAUGUCACUGGAGGAUUCAAUGUCACCCAGUGGAGUCUCCAGAAGAGCAUGCACAUAUUGCAGAAUGUGUACAACAUGGGGGGAUUGUUUGCGUGGGCUGUCAACGAGGAUGACAAGAACAGCACCAAACAUAUCAUCCAAAUUGAUCAAGGUGGUCUCACUCUCCCCACCACUGACAACUAUCUCAACAAGACAGAACAUGGAAAAGUUCUCGCUGCGUAUCUCGAUUACAUGACCAAGAUCGGUGUGUUACUGGGUGGUGAACACGAUGAAGCCCAACGUCAAAUGCAAGCUGUAAUCGAUUUUGAGACGAGAAUAGCUGAGAUAACGACACCACAAGAGGAACGAAGAGACGAGGAAAAACUUUACAAUCCCAUGACCGUCGGUGAAUUACAGAAACUUGCACCAUUUAUGUCCUGGCUGGAUUACUUUCAAAAUGCAACGAAACUGGUGAAUAAAAAAAUAAACAGCAAAACGGCAAUUGUUAAUUUUGCACCUGAAUAUUUCAAAAAACUAACGAAACUUGUUCAAGAGUACAAUAAAACUACUGACGGUAAAAUAGUUAUUAAUAAUUAUUUAGUCUGGCAGACAGUGAGAUCGCUCACAGCAUUUUUAUCAAAACCCUUCAGAGAGGCCUACAAGGGCCUUCGAAAGGCCCUGAUUGGGUCAGAAGGGAGGGAAGAGCAGUGGAGAUAUUGCGUCAGUGACACCAACAACGUCAUGGGUUUUGCAAUCGGUGCCAUGUUCGUCCGAGAGGUCUUCCACGGCAAAAGCAAGCCUAAAGCCGAGGAGAUGAUCAACGAGAUUCGUACUGCAUUCGUAAAGAAUCUUAGGAAUCUCGACUGGAUGGACGAGGAAACCCGGAAAGCUGCCGAGGAGAAGGCCAAUGCAAUCACCGAUAUGAUAGGAUUUCCCAAUUUUAUUCUCAAUCCAAACGAACUCGACGAGCGGUACAAGGAUCUCCAGAUAAGACCCAACGAGUACUUUCUGAAUAAUAUCAGAGUGAGCAAGUACACGUUGAGGAAGAAUCUUGAGAAACUCGACAAGCCUGUCAACAAGACAACUUGGAUCAUGACUCCACCCACUGUCAAUGCGUACUACACACCCACCAAAAAUCAGAUUGUCUUUCCAGCUGGAAUACUACAGAAUCCAUUCUACGAUAUGGAAAAUCCGAGUAGCCUCAACUUCGGGGGUAUUGGAGUGGUCAUGGGGCAUGAGCUCACUCAUGCGUUUGAUGAUCAAGGAAGGGAAUACGAUCUCCAUGGAAACCUCCACAAAUGGUGGAACAACGCGACAAUAGACAGAUUCAAAAACAGAACCGAGUGUUUUGUCGAGCAAUACGGAGACAUUGAAAUUGAAGGAAGACACAUAAACGGACGACAAACCCUAGGCGAAAAUAUAGCGGACAAUGGCGGUCUCAAAGCUGCCUAUCACGCAUACCUGAACACCCGAAAAAAUUCACAGGACCAAUUGCCAUUGCCGGGUCUCCAAUUAACCCAUCGGCAAUUAUUCUUCCUAAAUUUUGCCCAAGUCUGGUGUUCGGCGAUAACACCAGAGUCCAUAGGCCUUCAAAUCGAUAAAGACUCUCAUUGUCCACCUAAAUAUCGAGUGAUUGGACCACUGUCGAAUCUACCAGAAUUUUCGGCUGAAUUCAACUGCCCGAAGGGAUCAAAAAUGAAUCCUGCGGACAAGUGUGAGGUUUGGUAAUAUUGAAUAAUUGCGAUAAUUAAUUUUUAUUGGGUCUUGACGGGUGAAUUAUCAUUUUUUCAUCUCGAUGGCACUAAAUAUUCACCGGAAUGCCCCAAAAAAAAACUUUGAAAGUCUCUCAAAAAAAAAAUGAACCUAUGACGGCUGAAAAAAUUUUAUUUAUUCAUGUUAUUAUUUUUCGUAUUCAAUUCACUGCAUUAAAUGUCUCAAUGAAGUGAAAUAAAGUUAUGUAUGUUAAUUGGUCAUAAUCAUCAAUUGUAUUUGUUGUUAAUUAUUGUGGAAUAUAGACGGGUGGGCGUCUUCCAGUUUUAAUAAUCGCCAUAUUGUGAAUGAUUGCUGGGUGUUUAAAUGUCUUAUCGUUGAUUGUUCUGAGAUGUCUAAUUUUUCGAAAAUUUUCUUUCUUAUUUUAUUCAUUAGCUAAUGAAAAAAUUCACUCGAGCGUAGUGAUGGAAAA